GGAUGCCUGGAUAAAAAAUGGAGCCAUUAAAGAGUAGCUUGUAGAGCCGACCCCGAAGUGAGACAGAGGAGCAGCAGUAACCAUUAAAGAUCUUUAAAUGCACACUGAUCAGAAGAAAUGUCGAGAGUUAGCUGGGUCGUCCUCUUUUUACCGGAAGAUAUAUUCAGAAGUAGAAGAAAUAGGGUGGGGAAAUCUUGUUAGAUUGGGAGAAGAUUUGACAUCUCUUAGUUUCCGUAUAAUAGACAAGAAGGGAAGAACACAUAUGAUGGGGAUAGAACUCGAUAAAGCCUACCCUAAAUCUCCCCCCUCAGUAUUAGUGGAUGUGCCUUGCGUCUUCAAUUUGCAAUGGUCCGUAAACUCCAAGCUAAAUGAUGUUCUGGAUCAGUUUAGACAGCAUCUGGAUAAGUUUCAACCCUUUUGGUCUACAGUGGAUGAAAUUGACAACUCUCUUCAGGUUUCUGGGCCUAAACAAACAUCGUUUGCCACAUCAUAUCGCCAAAUAGAUAUAGGCAAUGGUUGUUAUCUCAUCUUGUUUAUUGAUCCAAAUGACCCAAAUGCCUUGCCAGAGUGCCGCUUUAUUGGUCCAAACUCUGAGGUCAAUGUACUAGUAGCAUCAUGGAGGACAAAUUGCCAAAGAUGGUUACGUUGCACCUAUUUGUUUAUUGACUACAGACAAACCAUUUGUUGAGAAUCUCAAGAGUUUACUGAAGAUCCAAUUACCCGGACAUUCCCAUGAGCAGAAGAGUGAUGAGCUGCCUGAAUGCGGGAUUUGUUAUUCACAGUAUCUCCCAGUUGAUGACGAGCUUGGAAGUGAUAGUGGAAGUGGCACAGAUUAUAAAUGUCAAAAUAACAGCUGCCGGAAGGCCUUCCACAGUAUUUGCCUUUUAGAUUGGCUUCGUUCCAUCACAACAACGAAACAGUCAUAUGAUGUUUUGUAUGGUAGUUGCCCCUACUGCUCUGAUCCUGUUCGAGUCAAAAUCAACUCCGCCAGCAAGUAAAACAGUGCAAUGUCGUUUAGUAUUGCUCAUUGAUAAUCCGUUUCCCAACAUUAGAAAUUUCAUUAGGUUGACCGCAUAUUAUUGUAACCACCGGUAAAAGUUAAAGUUAAAUCGUCUCUUAGAGAAUUAAUUCAAUUUAAAAGUUAAAAUUAAA